GGCACGGCAACUACCAUAAGGAGGCUGAAAAGCAAAACAAGAUGGACGUCACAUUGUUCAUUCCACAAGAAUCUUCAACAUUUAUAUGUGCUUGAUGCAUAGUAAAAUAUUCCAUGUUGGCCAACCAUUGUAGAGCAAGUCUUCUCUUAGAGAAGGAGCAUUUUAAACUUAGAAAAGCUCCAAUUUGGGGCAUAGAAGCUCAGCCACUCAAUGAUGAAAAUUUCCUAAAAUGGCAAGCAAUAAUAAAAGGGCCAAGAGACUCAAUUUGGGAAGGAGGAAUCUUCAAGGUGUACUUGUCUUUCUCAGAAGAGUAUAACUCUAAACCACCAGAAGUGUUUUUUCACACUAUUCCAUUCCACCCAAAUGUUGACAUGCAGAAUGGGGUUCCAUGCAUAGAUUUCUUAAAUGACAUUGGCUUGUGGAAACCACAUUAUGAUGUUGUCUACAUUCUUCUACAGCUUCAGACAAUGCUGGAUCAUCCUGUAUUGGAAAAUCCUGUAAACGUUGAAGCUGCAAACAUGUGUAAUAACAGACCCAAACAUUACAGACAAAUGGUGUUGGAUUGCGUAUUUGCAAGCAAACGCCUUGAAGCUGGACUCAAGCCGCAGAUUUUCAGUCCUCUGAAAAAAGAGAAUUCGGAUAUGCAUUUUCAACCAGAAGCGAAAACAAAGGCUAAACAGCAGAUUUCUUUUGAAGAUUACCAUAAAACCUGGCUGAAUAUAGCAACAUCUAAACCACACACUCUUGGAGGGAGAUCUACUGAAGAUACAAACGCAGAUACGGUUGUUAAUGAGAGUCAUUUUGGAGUGAUGCAGGAAGAGCUGGAGGAAGAGCUGCGAAGGCAGCUAUCAGAACAUAAUUCUAUAAUGUAUGGACGAUUUAGGGAUAAGAGAUUAAAAGACGAAGAAAGAAUCGCAAACCUUCAAACGACCAAGGCUCAACUGCUAAAGCAAAUUUACUUUAAAGAACAAGACCCAACCAACAAACCUCUACCUCAUGUGACAUCGAGACUAGAUCCAGACGAGCCAUUUGAUGAGGAGGUUGAUCAACUAGUAUCCUGGUCAGAAAAAUUGCCUGGAGUUUUGGAGUGAAUUGCAUUGAAGCCUGCAAAGCUCUCAGCAAUUCACUAAGACUUCACAUUAAUAAUUACCCUGUAAGUAUUGUACUGAGUUUAUGGUAGAGUUGCAUUUUCGAAAUAUCGCUAUUGCCUCGAAAUGAAUUAUUUUUAAAUUCGAUAGUUGCUUUAUUUUUUAUAGAAAAAGCUGUAAGCCUUCACGUGA